GAUGAAGAGAAAAGUUAAGAGUUUUAUAUAUGUACGAAUGGUCUAAAAAUUACGUGGACGUUCUGCGGUGGUCUAGAACUUGAAGGUGGGUUGUAUUACAGGCAUGGUCUCAUACUGUUCAAAAGCCAUGGAAACGAAAGUUGAAAAAACCCAAUAAUAUCCAAAGAAUAUUCCCCGUAAUCUCUGGUUUAUCGUGGAUAAUACCUUUAAAUUCAUCCUCCCUAACUCUUCCCAAUCCCCCCCCUAACAAUGCCUCUCAAAGCCGUUCAUGUCAAAAAUGUUCCUAAUCUCGAUCAAGUUUCAGAUGAUCUUAAUUCUCCUACAUUCAACACUUACCCUCAUCUCGUUCGGCCGGCGGAGGACUUCAUGGUGAUCGGACAUAGGGGAACCGGAAUGAAUUUAUUGCAAUCAUCCGACCCCAGAAUGAAAUCCAUCAAAGAAAAUUCGAUUCUCGCAUUUAAUGCCGCCGGAAAAUUCAAUCUGGAUUUCAUCGAAUUCGAUGUUCAGGUGACCAAAGAUGAUUAUCCAAUCAUUUUCCAUGACAACUUCAUCUUCACCGAAGACAAGGGUGUUAUAAUUGAGAAAAGAGUGACAGAUUUGAAUUUGGAUGAAUUCCUUUCGUAUGGACCUCAAAGGGAGCCUAAUAAAGUGGGUAAACCUUUGUUUAGGAAAACAAAAGAUGGGAGGAUUUUCGAGUGGAAAGUUGAGAACGAUGAUCAUCUAUGCACAUUGGAAGAGGUAUUUCAGAAAGUAAAUCAUUCAAUGGGAUUCAAUAUUGAGUUCAAGUUUGAUGAUAAUGUUGUGUACAAAGAAGAUGAUUUGGUUCAUGCCAUAGAAGUUGUUCUUCGUGUCGUAUUCAAGUACGCUAAAGAAAGAUCCAUAUUUUUUUCAAGCUUUCAGCCUGAUGCCACUCUUUUGAUCCGAAAACUUCAAAACACCUAUCCUGUUUUCUUUCUCACAAAUGGAGGGUCCGAAACAUAUACGGACACCCGGAGGAAUUCUUUAGAUGAAGCAAUGAACUUGUGCUUAGCUGGCGGCUUAAACGGAAUUGUGUCUGAAGUAAGAGCGAUUCUAAGAAAUCCAGGAGUAAUUAGAAGAAUUAAAGACUCUAAUCUCUCACUCAUAAGCUAUGGCCAGUUAAAUAACAUGCGAGAGGUGGUCUACCCACAACUUUUAAUGGGCGUUGAUGGGGUGAUUGUGGAUUUGGUUGAAGAGAUCACAGAAGCAGUUGCAGAUUUUGGUGAAACAAUUGAAAAAGAGAAAGUAGGUGAAGAGGAAGAGGAAGAAGGUGAUGAGAUCAAGUGUUCACAGUGUCAACUUUCGAAUCUUAUGAAGGUCAUACCAGGUAAUAUAGGAAAAGGGGCCUGCACUUUAGGUUGUAUGGGGGGCAUCCAAUUGAAAGAUGGUUGUAGCUAA